CUAGAAUGAGUGAGAAAGGUGACAAAGUUCCCAAGGCAACGCCACAGGAAGCCAAGUCGGCCUCAAGACCGACGUCACCCACGCCGGUGACAUCAGCAACGCUGACAGUGCCAACGGUACUACCGGCAGAAGCACCUCCACCGACGGUGGAAAAACGCGUAACACGCGCCUCAUCUCCUGCCGGCUUGUCAACGGAGCUGUCCAUGAAGGCCAAGACGCAAAUGAGUAGAGUCGAAGGCCUCCGCAAAUUAAUGGACAAGAUGCCGGAAAUGAUGGAUGAAACUUCUCUCGACGAGAUCGACUUCAUCGACAAGCAGGUCGAUGAAAUACACAAGGCGUUCCAAAAGGAGCAUUCCUACCUUGAAGUUACCUGGCCUUCGGGUCAGAACUCCCAUCCAUAUGUCAGCGACAAUUGCUACGACCUCGAGAUGAGCGUGGUCAUCGAAAUCAGACGACGUCUGUGCAAGUUUCGGGCCGCAUUCGCAAGGCUGCACGCAGCGCGUGCAGCAUCACCAUCACGACAAAGGCCGUCGAAACUCCCUGAGUUGACGCUUCCCACUUUCGCGGGUCGCUAUGAAGCGUGGCCUGCGUUUUGCGAGCUUUUCAAAUCGAUAAUCAUCGAUAAUCACCGAUUAUCUGAUGUGGAGAGGCUGCAUUACUUGAGGUCAAGCCUCCAAGGGGAGUCGCUACGCGCCAUCUCCAACCUGCCGGCGAUAGGAGAAUCCUUCCCAAUUGCUUGGAAGAAUUUAAAGCAACGCUUUGAGAACAAGAGAAUCAUCGUACAAUCUCUGCUUGACAAGCUCUGUGCGACACCACCAGUGCAACAGAAGAGCGCAAUGGUUCUCCACAACGUGGCGGCCAAUUUGCGCGAUUUCAACACCUCGUUGCGCGCUCUUGCUUCAACCGACGAGUUGUGGAAUUGCACACUCAUCCAUCACAUCUCUCGUAGUCUUGACAAGACUACGCGAGAGGCUUGGGAAACCAGCCUAGGAAACUCUGAAGAAUUUCCGAAGCCAGAGCAACUGGAGGCGUUCCUGACGACCAAGGCACGGGCUCUAGAAAGGGUUGAAACGCCAACGGCCAAAAAUCAGCCUGCUCAACCUCAGGCAAAGGCGAAACCAACAGGUCAACGACCUGCCUUGACAACGUCACAGGCUAACACCACCACAAGAGCAGCCGCACACGCCUAUCCGUGCGACUGUUGUCAGGCCGACCACUUCAUUGUGUCAUGCACAAAGUUCAGGUCGAUGCCUGUACCAGAAAGACGAAGUCUAGUGGACAAACUGUCUCUGUGCAGAAAUUGUUGCGGCCGUCACACCACUGCGAAUUGCAAGUCUGAACACCGUUGCAAACAGUGUGGACGGCCUCAUCACACAAUUCUACACCUGGCUGCAACGCAGCCACAGACCACAGCCAAGCCUGCGGCAACACAAGAGAAUCCGACAACGUCGUCCUCUUCAACACAAACACAAUAAAGUGUAGGUGCAGUCGUCAAGCACUCAAGCACGAUUUCAAUGGGUCAACGAUCCAGUACAACCGCCAACACAAACGAUCAACGAUCAAGCUCGCUUGCGACGCAAGCCGAGCUAACGCUGUUAGCAACAGCACAUGCACAAGUCAUCACCUCAUCCACGACCUACAACGCAAGGCUGCUCGUCGACUCCGGAUCGGAGCUCAGUUUCGUUUCUGAAGAUCUCGUCGAACAGCUAGGACUUCAACGCACUCAAUCUUCAAUCUCCAUCACUGGCAUUGGUGGCAAGAAAUCAACACAAACUCGAGGCACCCCACCAAGACUGGCCACAUCUCAAUCGUCUCAAGUUGGCAGAUCCUGAGUUUUACAAACCACGACCCAUCGACGUCAUCAUCGGUGCCGACAAUUAUGGACGAAUUAUAAAAUCAAAUGUAAUUAAAGGUUCGCCAUCAAUGCCAGUCGCCCAGCUCUCAAUAUUCGGAUGGCUCGUUAUUGGACCAGCAAGGAGGCGUCAAGCUCGUGCUUAUUCAUCAUUUAAUGCAUCAAUCUCUCAAGACAGCGACGCUGCUCUGAGAGAACUGCUGACGAAAUUCUGGAUUCAAGAGGAGCUUCCAACGGAAAACACAUCUCAACUCACACCGGACGAACAAGAGUGUGAAGAUCACUUUCGUGCAACGCACAGCCGUGAUUCUACUGGGCGAUACGUGGUGCGUAUUCCUCUCAAAACAAAUACUAAAGUCUUGGGUACCUCUUACAGCACAGCUCGCUCCUGCCUGCGACGCACGCUCAGCAAGCUCACUCGAAAUCCUGAGUACCGUGAGCAAUAUCAGCGAUUCAUGAUGGAGUACGAGGACCUCGGUCACAUGAAGAAGGCUUCUUCAAUCUCGCCCAACGACUCUUCAAUUUACUAUCUUCCACAUCACGGAGUUUUCAAGCCUGGCAGUGAAACAACAAAGCUGCGGGUCGUCUUCAAUGGCUCAAGUCCAACAACAACUGGACUUUCUGUCAACGACAUCAUGCACACUGGUGCGAAUCUCCUGCUCAACAUCAACGACGUUUUGCUGUGGAUUCGCCAUCACAAAUGCAUAUUCGCCACGGACAUCACAAAGAUGUAUCGUCAAGUACGAGUA